AUGAGUAGCCAGAAGGUCUUUGACAUUCACACCGAUCCCGAUCCCGGUGCAGGACAGGAGGUUGCUGGGCAAAAUGGAGGGAAAGAUCCGCGAUACAAAUACACGACCCUCACUGGGUAUUUCUUGCAGGAUGAUGUCUCCACUGAUCCGUACGGGUUUGAUUUCACGAAGACAAAUUUCGGCCUGAUCGAUCGAGCCUAUGAUUCGGACACAAGCCUCCCAAAUAAUGGGCGAGAUCUAACAUGCUGGGAAAGAUUCGAACACCACAUAUCCGAGUUGAACGGGAAUGCCAAAAAGGUGCGACACAACUCCGGAACAGCUGCCAAAGCGAAGUACAAACUACUGUUCCUUGGCCGUCAUGGAAAUGGUUUCCACAAUGUUGCAGAGCGGUAUUACGGAGCUGUGGCGUGGGAUUGUUACUAUUCGACACUCGAUUCCGACAAAGACAAGGUCAUGACUUGGGCUGACGCACAUCUCACCAAGGAGGGUAUUCGCCAGGCUCAGGAAGCGAACACAUUCUGGAAACACCAAAUCAAAAAUGAACGAAUGAGCCUUCCACAGUCCUACUACGCCAGUCCCCUGGACAGAGCUCUCGAAACAGCAAACGUUACAUUUGGCGAUGUCCAACCAAACGGAACCGACUUUAGGCCCGUCGUCAUGGAAAGAGCUCGUGAGGGUGCUGGUAUUCAUACAUGUGACCGACGAAGUUCAGUGACUUACAUCAACUCUCGAUUCCCAAAGUUCAUUACCGACGAAGAUCCACUCCUCACCGAGACGGACACGUUCUGGGACCCCAUCUACCGCGAAACAAAUGAAGCCUUGGCCAUCCGACAGGCUAAGCUCUUGGACAGCAUUGUUGCCAAAGACGUCAAUGAGAGGAUCAGUAUUACAGCACAUUCAGGUGCCAUAGCCAUGUUGUUGCACGUUAUCGGGCAUCGCACAUUCGCUCUUGGUACCGGAGCAGUAAUUCCCGUGCUCAUCAAAGCCGAGCCAGUGAAUCACGGAACCAAGAUAAGAGGCGAAAAUGACAAUAUCACCGUUGAUGGCCCAACCCAACUUGACUACGAAAUAGAUGACCGAGACAAGUGGCAGACAAUACCGAAGUGCCCAGCGGAUCUUGACCUGGAAACCAUUGGCUUUGAACGGUGGAAGAUGGGGUUGAAGGAAUUCCUCGCCGGUGUCGAAAACGCAACACUUCAGAUCGAAGAAGUUGCUUUCAAAGGCCGACAUUGA